AUUCGGAAAUUCAGAUUGGUGAAUUAGAAGGUUGUGGAACAUCUAUGCAAGAACUAUAUUUGAUAAAAAUCCCAAAAGAACAUUUGCCUGCAACUAUUUGUAACAUACUGGUUAAACCCGGUGAUAGAAUCGAGAAAACUCAAUCGCUACUUAGAUACGAAUAUGUAAAAAAAUCUAAGAAAGAAACAAUUGAUCCAGAAACAAAAGAACAGAUUCAACUUAUGGUAGAUACACCCUUUAUCGAAGAAUUUAAGAGUCCCACUGAAGGUGAAAUUGAGCAAAUUUUUGUCAGAGAAGGCCAGCGUAUAUUCGAUACUGAUGACAAGGCUGUGAUUGGUGUGAAAGAGCCGUGCGUUCACUCAAUUCAGAUUCGUGGCCUGUGUGCAUUAUGUGGUAAUGAUAUGAUGAAAACAGAUUUUACUGGUGUUGAUUAUUCCCAGAGAGCUACUAUUAGUAUGGCUCAUAAUGUUGCUGGAUUAACUGUUAGCCUCAAUGAGGCUGAGAGAUUAGAGAAAGAAACAGCGAAUAGAUUAUUGAAAUCGCGAAAGUUGUCUCUAAUAGUAGAUUUAGAUCAAACUCUAAUUCACGCAACCGUGGAUCAAAUGGUGGAGGAGUGGAUUAAUGAUGAAAAUAACAUUAAUCAUCCCACAACUAAGGACAUUCACAAAUUUGUUCUAUCUGAUAGUCCAACUGUUUAUUAUAUCAAGUUAAGACCGGGUCUUAAAGAAUUUUUAGAAGAUGUAUCAGAGUUUUAUGAACCUCAUAUAUAUACCAUGGGAACGCGUAAUUAUGCGUCCUCCGUAGCUGAGAUAAUUGAUCCGGAUCAUACAAUAUUCAAUGAACGAAUAUUAUCACGCGAUGAAAGUGGAAAUAUAACUCGGAAAAAUAUACGACGUUUAUUUCCUUGUGAUGACUCAAUGGUCGUUGCAAUUGAUGAUCGGGCUGACGUUUGGGGUUGGUCGCCUAAUCUUAUAAAAGUUCACCCUUAUGAUUUUUUUGUGGGAAUUGGUGACAUCAAUGAUACCCGUUCUGCCCGCUUUGACGAGAAAAUGUCUAAAGAGAAAACGUCUUACAAGAAAACGUCUGACGAGAAAGCGUCUGAGAAAACGUCUGACGAGAAAGCGUCUGACGAGAAAGCGUCUGACGAGAAAGCGUCUGACGAAGAAGCGUCUGACGAGAAAGCGUCUGACGAGAAAGCGUCUGAUGAGAAAGCGUCUGAUGAGAAAGCGUCUGAUGAGAAAGCGCCCGAUGAGAAAGCGUCUGAUGAGAAAGCGUCUGAUGAGAAAACGUCUGAUGAGAAAACGUCUGACGAGAAAACGUCUGAUGAGAAAACGUCUGCGUCUGAUGAGAAAACGUCUGACGAGAAAACGUCUGGCGAGAAAACGUCUAACGAGAAAACAUCUGAUGAGAAAACAUUUAAUGAGAAAACGUAUAAUGAGAAAACAUCUGAUGAGAAAACGUCUGAUGAUAAAACUUCUAAAGAACCUCUUAAGCAAAAAGUUGAGAAUACUUCGAAUAAUACAUUAACUACUACAAUGCAAAAGUCAUUACAAAAUAGCAAAAGAACUUACGAAGAAAUUUCCGAAGAUUCUGCGAAUUCUGACGAAAAAAUAUUUAAAAAACAACAAAUAGAGCAUGAUGAAAAUAUUAAUAACCAAACUCGCGAUCAUCAAUUAAAGUCAAAUCAAAUCAUUGAAAGUGUAAAACCUGUUCCUGUUGACAAUGAUACAGAAUUGCCCAAUUUAUUGAAGGCUUUGAAAACGAUCUACAAACGAUAUUACGAAGAGUACGAUCAAAUGCAAAAUGAUUUACAAACGAAUGUGAAAUCAAGGAUGCCAGAUGUAACUGUGCUAGUACCUAGUAUGAAAGCUGAAGUUUUGAAAGGUGUUAAUAUAUUGUUUACACAUGUUAUUCCAACUAGCCAAAAGAAAGAAAGUGCUGAAAUAUGGAUUUUGGCCAAGGAAUUUGGUGCAGAGUGUUCUGACGGUUGGAAUAGUAAAGUCACCCAUUUGGUGGCAGGUGAUCGUGGAACAGAGAAAUUUCUUUUUUGUGUUUAUGUAUCUCAAAAUUAUUGCAUAUUUGAUAGGCUGGAUGAUUCUAUAAAAAAAUGGGAAAGACAACCAGAACGUGAUUAUUUUUUUGACACCUCUAUACGAGAAUCGGAAUCAGGUCAAGUGUCCGAAAUAGAGAAACCUCCUGAUUUAAUCGUUGAAACACCAUCGGUUAAUGAAAUUACUGACGAUGAAGAAUUACUAAGCCCACAGGAACGUCAAGAACAUUUCUUAUCGACUGAUUGGAAAUCUGUCUUACGCGAGGUCGAUGAAGAAAUUGGUGAAUGGGGUGAUACAAGUGCUUUAGACGAAAGCGAGACUGAAAGUGGAACUGAAAGGUUUUAUAUCUGGGUUUUUAAAACU